AUGGAUGAGCAACGCAAACAAUUGAAAGCAGUCAUGUCUACAACGCAAUUAACACCAGAACAGAACGCAUAUUUAAUUUCCAUUAAAUGGUUUAAUGAAUUUAAGCGAAUUAUAGGUUUUGAAACUGAUAUCGCUUUAAAUGAGAAAAUACCUGCUAUUGAUAAUAGCGGAUUACUUAGAAAUGGCCUGCUUAGACGAGAUAUUCGUGAAAAUACAGACUUUGCCAUUUUAACUAAGCCUACAUGGUUAUUAUUGAAGCAGUAUUAUGGCGGAGGUCCUGAUAUCGGUGUUAAAGUUGCUUACAAUCCAUUAAAACAUCAAAAUUGCGCUAUUACUAGGAAUAUUGCUUUGUACAUUUUGUAUCAACAGCAAAGAAAGCAAUUUUCAGUUACAACAUACGAAAAAGUUAGAGAAAUUAAAGAUAGAGCUUUAGUUUACUACAAUUUAACUGAUAAAUCGCUAAAUUUAUACGAAUACAACAAUAAUAAUAUCGAAAAUAAGCUUGAAGACGAUAAAUUACUUUGUGAAUAUGCUAUUUUAGAUAAUCAACAGCUAAUACUUACAACAGCCCAUUCUAAAAAGAAAGAGGAGCCUCAAUCAAUUUUUUCAUAUUUUUCACAAACAGGAACAUGCACACCUGGUACAACAGGACUCAACAACAUGGGAAAUACGUGUUUUAUGAAUUCUACUUUACAAUGUUUGAUGCAUAUUGAACUACUUGCUAAUUAUUUUGCAAAUACUCCAUGGCAAAAAGAAAUAUCAACAACAAAUCCUUUAGGUACAAAAGGUGAACUAUCGAUUGCAUUCUCCAAAUUACUCGAAAUCAGUCAAAGAGGAAGCCAUUCAUCAUAUACACCGAGUGAAGUUCGAAAGGCAAUCAUAAAACAUGCGCCAAAUUUCGAUGGAUACUCACAACAAGACGCACACGAAGUUUUACUAUUUAUUCUCGAUGGAAUUCAUGAAGAUUUAAACAGAAUCACGAAAAAACCACAAGUUGACGUUGUAGAAGGUGAUGGAACAAACGACAAUGAGACAGCAAUCAAGGCCUGGCAUGCUUACAAGCAAAGAAACGAUUCUAUAAUUGUUGAUUUAUUCCAUGGCCAACUUAGAUCACAUUUGAAGUGUCCAAACUGUCAAGCCGAUACCGUAGCUUUUGAUCCUUUCGUUUCCCUUUCUGUUCCUGUUCCUCAGAAAAAAAUUUUAUCUCCAGCUUUCAUUUUUUGCCCUGCAGACCCAACGCAACCACGCAAGAUCAUGCAAUUCAACAUAGACAUGUCAUGGUCACCACUCCAAACUAAGAGAUUCAUUCAGAAAUCCGAAGGACGAAAUUUGAAUUUAAUUUAUGCAGCGAUCAACCAUGAACAGACCGAGAUAACAUAUACUUUGUCACCUUAUAGACCACCUUCCACUCAUAUUUUGUACGCAAUUGAACUUCCUUCGACUGAUAAGUUAUAUGCUCCAGUUUUCUUGAAAGAAAAAGAGAAAGGAUGGAUCUGGGAUGGUGACACUCCUAUUGCUGGACCUUUCCUUGUACCUGUUCUUAAGCAAAAUCCAUCAGAAAAAGAGUUGAACGAUAUAAUCUCAAAUUAUUUCUCGUUUUUAUUCGAUACGAAGAAUCCAGAUCCACAAGAGAUGUAUGAUAAAUACGAAGAAACACGUCAAAAGUGGCGUUCUCUUCGAGAUGACAAAAACAAGUUUGAAAUUUCUAUCAGAUCCAAUUUCUUUGAUAGUGGCACAUUCACACCACUCACAAAGAUGCCAUGCCUUACACGUAGAUGUGUAGAUGUCAUUGUUAAUCCUUCUUGGAUGACAAAAGAAAGUGGAUUUAAAUGGUCACUUUUUAUUCCAUCACGAAUCAAAGAAUUCGAAGAACCUGUUGAAGAGAAAUCAAUUGAUUUGGAGAAAUGUCUUGAUUUAUUCUCUGAAGAACUUGUUUUGGAUGAAGAAAACAAAUGGUUUUGUCCGAAAUGUAGAGAAUUUGUCCAAGCGAGUAAGAAGAUGGACAUUUGGACAUCACCAGAGAUAUUGAUAAUCCAUUUGAAGAGAUUUGCUCAAAUUUCUGGAUUUUUGACGAAAAAUGAGACAGAAGUUCAAUAUCCUGACGAACUCGACAUGAGUCAAAGAAUAAUUGGACCUCAUAAUGGCAGCUGCAAAUACAAAUUAAUUGCUGUUUCAGAACAUCAUGGAAUUCUUGGAAGUGGUCAUUAUACAGCACACGCAAUGGUUGGAAACCAAUGGUAUCUGUUUAAUGAUAGCAGUGUUUCUAAAUGCCUUAGAGAUAUGGCACAUACGAAAGCUGCUUAUGUCUUGUUUUAUGCAAAAAUUCAUGAAUAG